AUGCGUAGCCUGCCGAUCGAAGAAAACCUCAAACGUCAAAUCAGCGCCACAAUUCAGGAGUCGGGCAAAAUGCGGCUCAUGCUUCUGCUGCUCACACAAGCCGCGCUCGCGAUUUUCCUAUUCGGCGAUGUCAUCGCGAAUCUCAUGUAUCGCGCUGAGCACUAUAUUCAUGAAUAUGUCAGAAUCGGCGUCAUCAUUCUGUGUUCAAUCAAUGUGAUCUGGUUUUUUGCUUCAUCCAUCGCCAUGUGCUGCACAUUCUACAAUUGUGUCACGUGCCUUAAAAUUCAUUUUUAUUUUAGUCUGACUAUCGUCGCAAUGCACUCGACGAAACUAAUCAUUCUUCUAAUCGAUUCAAACAUUUCCACAAUUAUCACUUCAUUGUUCAUCAAUACCGUCAAUGGCUUCACUAUUUAUUACGAGAACAAAUUCAUCAGUUAUCUCGAGCGAUGCCUUCGUUCAUUAUAA